AAUUGAAUAAUCCAUCCAUAUCCAUAAAAAAAAAACUCUGCCUCUAAAAUUAUCAAUGGCGAAAUCUCUCCCACUUUACGAAAAGACAAAUAUCAAGAGGCCAACCCAAAGAGUAUUGGAUAUUACCAUAUUCAUCCUAUUAGUUUCUCUCAAUGCUUAUCGAGUAUUGUUGAUCUACAAUCAUGGCUUCUCCUAUCUCCAAAUCAUUGCAUUCCUUUGUGAAUUUUGGUUCUCUUUCAUUUGGUUUCUUACUAUUAUCAUCAAAUGGAACCCCGUCCAUUAUGAAACUUACCCUCAACGCCUUCUCGAACGGGAGAUGGAAUAUCCGGCGGUGGAUAUAUUUAUAACGACGGCAGAUCCGGUGUUGGAACCGCCGAUAAUAACAGUAAACACCGUGUUGUCUUUGAUGGCGUUGGAUUAUCCGGCAAACAAACUUGGUUGUUAUGUGUCCGACGACGGCUGCUCUGCUCUAACGUUGUAUGCAUUAAAAGAAGCAUUGAAAUUUGGAAAGAUUUGGGUUCCAUUUUGCAAAAAAUAUGAAAUUCAAGUUAGAGCUCCGUUUAGGUAUUUCUCGAAUGACUCAAUGCCGCCUCAUCUUCCUUCCUCCACACAAUUCCUAAAUGAUUGGUAUACGGUGAAGGUAGAGUAUGAGAAGCUUGAAGGAAAAAUAAAGGAAGCAGAAGAAAGCAGAUCAUUUGGUAUAGAAGAAGAAGAUGGAAUUGACCUGGCAGCUUUCUCCAAUCUCCACACCAAAAAUAACCAUCCCACCAUAGUUAAGAUACUGUGGGAGAACAAAGAAGUAUUAGAUGAAUUGCCACAUCUAAUAUAUGUAUCAAGGGAGAAAAGUUUCAAACAUCACCACCAUUAUAAAGCUGGUGCUAUGAACGUUUUGACAAGAGUGUCUGGUGUAUUAACAAAUGCUCCAUACAUAUUAAACGUGGAUUGCGACAUGUUUGCCAAUAAUCCCCAAGUUGUAUUACAUGCAAUGUGUGUAUUUCUCAACUCGAAAGAUGAUUUGGAAGAUAUCGGAUAUGUUCAAACUCCCCAAUGCUUCUACGAUGGCCUUAAGGAUGACCCCUUUGGAAAUCAACUAGUGGUUGUAUUCCAGUACUAUUCACGUGGGGUCAUGGGACUUCAAGGACCUCUCUAUAACGGGACUGGAUGUUUCCAUAGACGAAAUGUUUUAUAUGGCCAAUUUCCUCACCACACCACACAUUUCAUGGACGGAAAAGCUUCUGAACAAGAAUUAAUGAAACUAUUUGGAUACUCAAAAUGUUUUGCAAAGUCAGCAAGUUAUGCUUUUGAAGAAACCACACAUGGCUAUCAUCCAAAUGGCCUUUUCAAUGAUAAUCUUGAAGCUGCUAAACAAGUUGCUGGAUGUGGCUAUGAGAUCAACACUACUUGGGGUUCAAAGAUAGGGUGGAUAUAUGGAUCUACAACUGAGGAUAUUUUAACGGGCUUAGUUAUUCAAACAAGAGGGUGGAGAUCCAUUUACAUUGCAUUAAACCCUCCAGCAUUCCUAGGUUGUGCAGCCUCACAACUUGUUGCUUCAUUAACUCAACAGAAACGAUGGGUCUCUGGUUUACUUGAAAUUUUAUUCAGCAAACACUUCCCUGUUUUUGGUACACUAUUUGGGAAGCUACAAUGGAAGCAAUGUGCAGCCUACUUAUGGCUCCUCACUUGGGGCCUUCGUUCCAUUCCAGAGCUUUCCUAUGCUUUACUUCCACCCUAUUGUCUCAUCACUAACUCCUCUUUCUUCCCGAAUAUGGAAGAAAGAUCAAUCUCCAUCCCAAUUUUUCUGUUCAUCAUUUACAACUUUCAACAAUUAUUACUAUACAAAGAAACAGGACAAUCAAUAAGAGCUUGGUGGAAUAACCAAAGAAUGGGAAGGGUAAACACAAUGUGUGCAUGGUUGUUUGGAUUAGGGAAUGUGGUUCUAAAGUUUUUGGGUGUAAGGGAAGUUGUGUUCGAAGUAACAAAGAAAGAGACAUAUUGUGAGGCAGACUUGGUGGGGCAUUUCAUGUUUGAUGAGUCCGCAAUGUUUGUGCCAGCGACGACCCUUUUAUUGCUCCAACUUAUUGCUUUGCUUAUGAGCUUCAUAAGACAAGCUGGGAGAAUGAGAAAUACAGUGCUUGAGGUGAUUUGUAGUGUAUGGUUAGUUUUAUGCUUUUGGCCAUUUUUAAAGGGAAUCUUUGUGUUUGGUAAAGGAAGAUAUGGACUUCCUUUCAGCACCAUCUACAAAUCAGCUGCCUUAGCAUUGUUGUUUGUGCUUUUGUGCCAAAGAACAACCGUGAAUUAACUUAGAUACUUUGCGACGAUGGAUGGUAGCUAGUAUUUUUAUUUUAUUUGAUAGCCUCAAUUAUAUGUAGAGGGUGGUAGAUUUAAGCUUCUAAACUCUCAGUCAAAGGUGUUGCAUACGUAUGCUCUCAUGUUUGUCCAAGUCCAUUUAUUUUGAGUGAUUGUGACCUCUUUGUUAGAUUAUAUAUAAAAAUAUAUUAAAUUUACUGUUACCCAUUAA